AUGGCUUCAAAGGGCCCGAGGUCGAGAUUGGAUCCUGAGUCGAGAAGUAAACGUCAAAAGGUUGUUUUCCAGAUUUUGGUGUUGUAUUUCGUUUAAUUUGCUUCAGGUCGUUUUGUAGCUUUAUUGAUCGGUGCACACUUGGUAUAUGUGGCUCAAGGAAGAAACUGGUAGUUUUUAGCUCGAGUAGGGGAACAAAAAUGAAGUGUUUGUAAAACCUUUGGCCGAGUUUGGAAAUUGCGCGGUCUAUGAGGGUUUCUGCGUCAUGUUUCCUUUCACCUUGACUUCUCUCUGGAUCUAAGUUUGUACUCUAUAAUCAGUUUUUCCUCAUGUCUACCGGUUUCAUGGGGAAACUUUUGGGAAUUUCGCUGUUGAAGAUCACUUUACUGUCACAGGGUUUAUUCCAAAAGGCAUCGCAUCACCCUUGUUUUGGAUGCAGCUGACUGAGUUUAAUUUUCUCGUAUUGCUCCCUGCGAGAGAAAUGCUGUUUGAUCUGCUUAUCGGUUCUGAAAGAAAACAUUAUAAAUUUCUUUGAAAAUCCUUUUUUGUUUCAAUUAUUCUUUCUCCUUGAGAAAAUAAGGCUGAGUUUCUAUCUAUAAACCUUAAUGUGUGAAACUUCGCAAGCUUUCUAACUCUGUGUUCAUAAACUACGUUUUCUUGGUGAAAAUUUUCCGUUUUGAAAUGUUUCUACCUUCUGCUUUGUGAAAAUUUUGUUUCUAAACUACUUAGAAGGUUGGUGCUUAGUUCUGUCACAUUGGCAACUCACAUACUCUCAAGGAUUUAUUGUUAUUUCACCCUACAUUCAAGGAGAUAACCUAUAGAUAGAGGAUGAAAGCUCUUUGGUUUGGCCUUGUCAUACAUUCUAUAUUGUGAAUCUCCUACCUUCCAUUCACAUAUUUUGUUUUUGAUGUCAUAGAUUACUUUAAAUUGCUCAUUUGCUCUGAAAUCCUGGUGAUACUUGGGACUAAAUUUAAUUCAUUUAGUUUCACAAAUAUUCAUGCUUAUUUUCAUCUGAGUUGGCAGGCCCUUGAAGCACCUAAGGAACCUCCUCGACAGAAAACUCAUUGGGAUUAUGUUCUAGAGGAGAUGGUUUGGCUAUCGAAGGUAAUUCAUUUUUUAGGAUUAUUUUUCAUGAUCGAGCUGUUUUAGCUGCAAAAUUUAUUUUUAAAGAACUAAAUAUGCUUAUCUAAUCGUACCUUAAAUCUCGUUCUUUCAGGAUUUUGAAUCAGAGAGAAAAUGGAAACUGUCUCAGGCAAAAAAGGUUGCUGUACGUGCGAGCAAGAAUAUGCUAGAUCAAGCCACAAAGGGGGAAAAGAAAGUGAAGGUUUGGCCUAUUGCCUUACCAUCAACUUCCUUGACGUUUGUUUUGAUUGAAAUAAAUGAUAAGAGUGAAAUAGAAGAGAAUUCAGAGCAUAUAGUUAUACCGUUUGAAAAGCAGGCCUGUCAAAGGGGAUGAUGUGUAUGAGAUUGAGUCCACAAAUGCAACACAAGCAUUGAAAGAAAUUUUUUAAAAGUAGUUUUCGGUUCCCAUUUUGGCCAAAAGUGACGGAUGAUGUUUUAACUUGUGGUAUUCUGUACUUUCCAAGCUUUCUUAUGGAUUGAUUCACUUUUGGGCAAUUGAUCAAAUAUUUAUUAUUUUCUUGGAAAUGAAAUUUGAUCAAAAUUGGCACGAAAAUUGUACCAAACCACGAACAUAUUCAGUAUUCAUUUCAUCAUCUGAAGUAUUUCUGGUUACUCUACAAUUCAGGAAGAGGAGCAGCGUCUGAGGAAGGUUGCUAUCAAUAUCUCCAAGGAUGUGAAGAAAUUUUGGAUAAAGAUAGAGAAGUUGGUAAGCAUGCAUUCUUGAGACUCUGUAGUUACGAUCAAGGAUACCAACUUUAAACUUUAGCAAUUUGUGAUGUUACGAUUCCGUUCGAUAUGCUUUAUUUCUUUGUAUUGCUUCUCAGACAUUUUUCCGUUUCUUGUACGAAACUCGUACUGUAGCUCUCUAAAAAUAAUAUGAUUUCAGGUUCUUUACAAGCAUCAACUUGAGCUUGAAGAAAAAAAGAAAAAGGUUCUUGAUAAGCAGCUUGAUUUCCUUUUAGGCCAAACUGAAAGGUAAGUUGUUUUUGUGCUUUGACACAGAUUGAGUCAUGAUUUAUUUCCCUUAGUUUCUUUCUGUAAUUGCCAAUGACCUCUUAUUGAGUGAAAGGUCUUAUAUACCUUCAAUCAUAUCUUUUCCAGAUACUCCACAAUGCUGGCAGAAAAUCUUAUGGAUAAGCCACAUUAUUCUAAAUCCGAGUUGGAAUAUCCUGUAAAGGCUCUAACUUAUUAUCCAAAUAAAGAAGACAAUGAGGGCUGUGCAGCUGGUACAGGUUCUGAUGGUUAGCUGUACAACUCAAACUUUUAUGAAGAUUUACAUGUGGAUACACUAAUUUUAUGGUGUAACUUUCAGACAUGAUCAAUGGUCGAAAUAGUUUUAAAGAAACUUUUUUCUUCUUGCAGAAAUAUGGUCGGAUGCUGUUGAAAACGAUGACGAUUAUGGUAUCCAAUCCGAAGAUGACAUGGUCAAGCUUUGUUCUUUUUUCUACUCUUUUGUAUUAUUUUCCUUCUUUGCACUGAUGUUUGGUUCUUAUAGCAAGCUUGUGUUUGCUGAGACAUGAUGGGUUGUACGUUCACUAUCCAUCCAAUCUGUACUUAUCCCCCCAGCCACCGCUAUCGCACACAAACACAUGCAUACAAAGGCCAAAAAGAGAAAUAAAAAUAAGCCAGGCACACAUGACAAAAAAGGAGAGGGUUAAAUACUAUAACUGGAGUGGGUUUCAAAUUCUAGAUAGAUAUUUUGGUCAUAAGUUACCACUGGUCAUGCUUUUAGAAAGUUUGGAAACUGCUUGGUGAACCUAUUCUUGUCUUUCGUCAAGUUUUUCUGUUAACAAAAUCUUUGCAAGCAGCCUCCGAAAUGUGGAAAUUUAUUGAGAUGGGGUCAGAAAGUUAACCUUUCUUGACAUAAAACUUGUGACACAGUGUUUGUUGUUUUUUUUUUUCAUGAGAAAGAAAGCUUAAAAUUUUCUCUUGACACCCUCUUUUUAAUUAGAAAAAUAUAUUUCAGAAACAUUGACAACUUUUCCAGUUUGUCAUUCAGGAUCGUUUGCCAAAUAUUCGCUCUUAACUUUUGAUUGUUGUAGGAAGAUGAUGAGCAUACUCUUGAAGAAGAUGAGGCUCUUAUAACUGAGGAGGAGAGGAAGGACGAAUUAGCAGCUUUGCAAAAUGAAGUUGAUAUUCCAAUUGAGGAAAUACUAAAGCGUUAUCAGUAUAAUGGUAAAUUCUGCUUUUUCUAACAUAUUUUGGAUAAUCAGUAUUGAUUGAAUUCCUGUUUUUAUCUUCUGAAUUUUAAUCAUUGAAAUUAUUCUCAGUUAGUAUGGAAGACGGUCCAGAAAAUGCAGAAGAUUUGUCUGAUCAAUCUCCAAUGUUGGAAGACCAAAGUAAGGGCAGGCAUCACGAACAUGACUGAUCAAAUUUUUCUGUUAACUCUUGUUCCUUUUCUAACACUUCAAUGAACUUUCAGUCUCUGGAAAAGGAGCUAAUGAUUCUCCGAUUGUUGAAGAUGCGACACGUGACGAUAAUCUUUUUGCAAGUGGCAUAGAUGACACUUCUUUGCAUGUACGGCCUGGAAAUAUUAAUAAUUUCUUGUUUCCCGACAUUUUUUUGUAAGUUAUGCAUCAAUUAUUUGAUGCUGUAUGGUCGUCAAAAUUUUACCUCGUGUGAUUUCUCUGUUCCUUGCUGUUUGCAGGAGGGGAGUGAUGGUGAGAGACUGGUUUCAACCAAGACCUUACGAUCUAAAUUUCAGUCAAGAAAUUCCACCAUGCUAAAUCAGGAACAUCUGCCCCUUGAUUCUAUUGACGAAAUGGUAUGUUUAUGAUAAAUUCUAAGCAGUGAAUUUGAAUCGAGAGCUUCUUUAGACAACAACAUGAUAGAUGUAUCACGUUAUCUGAAUUUUUAUCAAUAUACUCUCCCUGUACAUACCAUUUGAAUAAAUGUAUUGCUUGCAAGUCUCUAUGAACCCUGCGCAUCAAAAUAUGAUAAACGAGAUAACAUUUCUCACUACUGGAGAAACCAAUUAUGAACAUGAUUAUUAGUUUGACAAUCUUUGAUAUGUUAUUGUAACCAGUGAAUUUCGGACAACUACUUAACCAGUUGAUAAUAAAUUAUCUGCAUUUCAGUUGCAGCAGGCUAAUGAAGAGUGGAUGACGAUUGUUGUGUGAGAUGUAAGAGUAGUAAAUAUACUAAACUAUGAUGAAUAUGCGAGUUAGGAAUCACCCAAAGUCCACGUGUUGGUGUUGUAGUUGGUUUUCUAGUUUUGUAGGCCUCAUUUCUAUUGCGAAUAAUGAUACUCCUGGUUCCAUGAUCAAUAUGAUUUCACAGCAAUACCAUCUGUGAGAAUGGUUGCCGGGGAAAAGGGCUGCAAAUUCAGGAGGGCACUUGCUUGAAAUGAGUUGUCAUGUUUUUAAAAGAUGCCCUGCGUAUUUGUUGCAUCUCAAUUGCAUUGGGAAGCACUAAUUUUGGUCCUGAUGUUCUUUGGCUCCUCCCCCAUCCCCUGCACCCCUUGAAAAUAAAAAAAAUUCACAUGAGAUGAUAAAGAAAUGGGGAUGUGAUCUCCUUACAUUUCUGUUUAUGAAUGCAGUAUCAGUGUAUGCAUGACAAGGGAGUUGAUUUUGCCAGUAUUCUUUUGAAACAUAUGAUCAUGCCUCCAAAACAGUUCCUUAGUGAAGAUAAUAAUAAUAGCUGAUGAAGCGCACAACUAACAACCUGUUUCCGUCUGUCAGGAUGAUGGGGACUUUGUUGGCGCUACUGAAGAAGAAAAGGUGCACCUGGUUCUUCAUGGCUUUGAGACUCAUUUGUUAGAUGCUUCAUUGCCACGCUAUAUUGAUUUGAGUUUGGUCUCAUUUAGUGGUUUCUUGCUGAACAAAGUCACAUUCUUGGUUUGGUAUUUCUUUUUUCUUUAUAAAAAUGUUGUCCAAACAUUAGCCAUAUAUGUGUAAGUUUUUACUCUGUCCGAGGCAGUGCUUGAUUUGUGUAUAUAUCCCUCUGCUUUGUUGUAAUGCAAGUUCAUUGAAAUUUGUUUAGUCUCUUCGGUUGAACCUUGAAUAUACUUGUCACGUAAAUAAUCUGUCAUUGCCCUACAUCAUGUGAUGGGCUGGCUACCUGAAUCGUUGGAGUGGUUUCUAUUUUCCCACUCUCAUUUUCAUGUGCAUACCAUUCUUGGCCGAUGCCAAGAUUAUCAGCAGAAGCUGCCAAUAUAUACACACCUUAUCUAUUAUCAAUCACAUAUGUUUUAGCGGUGAGAUUUCCUUGCAUGCAUACAAUCCCAGAGGUGAUUGGCUCGGAGUUAGUAACUUCAAUGGACUUUGGGUCCUUAAGUUUACUUAUUGGUUGAUGAUGGUUAGUGAUACCAGUGGAAAUCGGCUGAUUUGCUUUCUAUAGAGCUAACCUGUUAAAUUUAAUCUUUAUUACAUGUUUGAGUGUGUCGGACAUCAUAUGUAUGAACUUAUCUAAUCACAUUUAUGCAGGAUGAUGAGACGACAUUGUCUGAAGAGGAAGAGUUGGCCAAGAAGGAAGUUGAUGACCCUUUGCACGAGGUGAAUAUCUCAUUUUGUAGAGUGUGAAUGUUGUAGUUGGUCUGCCCUUCGCUAUGAGUUUUUAGUCCCGAUUUUUAUGUGGGGGUAGGCACUAAGCACUGCCAAAGUUUUUCGUUUUUGGAGGCCUCGAAUGUUGUAUCUACAGAGGAUGGUUUAUUGGACUAAUAUAACGAACCUGUGUUUGACAGCUUUGUAUUCCUUUUGUUUGCUUUAAGCCAAAAACAUAUUUACGAUUUGGCUUGUGUUUUGCAGAUUGAACUGUUGCAAAGGGAGAGUGAAAUGCCAAUAGAAGAGUUGCUUGCAACAUAUAAAAAGGUAGGUCUAAUCAUAUGCUCUCUUCCUCAGAUGCUUAAUGCCAAACCUCUAAUGAUAAUGCCAUUUUUCUUUGGAUUUUUAUUCUGUCAAUGGUCCGCAGAUUGACUCUGAGCCCACUUCAUCAAGCUCUGAUGAUACUCAAGAUUCUGCAGCAGAUCAGGAUCCUCCUUGGAAUAGUCAAGUUGUUUCUAAUGAUAACUAUUCGGUGGAGAAGGUCAGAAAAACUGACAUCGAAGUCUCUCAGAUCGAGGUGGAAGACAUGGGUGUGAAACCCAAUCAAGACUUAGAGAAUGGGAAAGAGAGUGAAGACAUCAUUGCUGAUGCAGCUGCUGCUGCGAGGUCAGCACAACCCACCGGUAACACUUUCUCGACUACAAAAGUGCGUACAAAGCUCCCCUUCCUUCUUAAGCAUCCACUUAGGGAGUACCAGCAUAUCGGCUUGGAUUGGCUGGUCACAAUGUAUGAGAAGAGACUGAAUGGAAUUUUGGCGGAUGAAAUGGGCUUAGGAAAGACAAUUAUGACAAUAUCCCUUCUAGCUCAUUUGGCUUGUGAGAAAGGGAUAUGGGGGCCUCACCUCAUUGUCGUCCCAACUAGUGUCAUGUUGAACUGGGAGACUGAGUUUCUCAAAUGGUGCCCUGCCUUUAAAAUUUUGACUUACUUUGGGAGUGCAAAAGAAAGGAAGAAUAAGAGGCAAGGGUGGUUAAAGCCCAAUUCUUUUCACAUAUGCAUUACAACAUAUAGACUUGUCAUUCAAGAUUCAAAAGUUUUCAAGCGAAAGAAGUGGAAGUAUCUCAUUCUUGAUGAAGCCCAUUUAAUAAAAAAUUGGAAGUCACAGAGAUGGCAAACAUUAUUGAAUUUCAACUCAAGACGACGAAUUUUGUUGACAGGGACACCUCUGCAGAAUGAUCUCAUGGAACUUUGGUCUUUGAUGCAUUUUCUAAUGCCUCACAUUUUUCAGUCUCACCAGGAAUUUAAAGAUUGGUUCAGUAAUCCAAUCACUGGUAUGGUGGAAGGCCAAGAGAAGGUAAACAAAGAAGUUGUUGAUCGGUUGCACAAUGUGCUUCGACCCUUCAUAUUGAGGCGCUUGAAAAGGGAUGUGGAGAAACAACUUCCCCGGAAGCAUGAGCAUGUCAUAUAUUGUCGUCUCUCCAGAAGGCAGAGAAAUUUAUAUGAGGAUUUUAUUGCUAGUUCAGAAACACAGGCAACAUUAGCGAGUGCAAAUUUUUUUGGAAUGAUAAGUGUUAUUAUGCAACUCCGAAAAGUUUGCAAUCACCCAGAUCUCUUUGAAGGUCGCCCUAUCAUAAGCUCUUUCGACAUGUCCGGUGUUGAGUUGCCGUUGAGUUCUGCUGUCUGUACAAUGCUUUCCGUUGGACCAUUCUCCAAUGUUGACAUAAAGGGCUUGAAUUUAUUGUUCUCUCAAAAUGAUUACGACAUGACAUCCUGGGAAUUUGGUGAAGUCACUGCCAUCUCCGGUUCCAAUGGUGUUGAAUCUGAGGAUGAAAGGAUCUCUAACAUUGAGAUUCUUAAUGAAAGGAGAAACCAUGGGGCAAAUAUUUUUGAGGCAAUUCACAAGGCUCUUUUGGAGGAAAGAGCAAAAGAGGCAAAAGAAAGGGCAGCGUCCAUUGCAUGGUGGAACUCUUUGAGAUGUCAGAAGAAGCCUAUGUAUGGAACGAAUUUAAGAGAUCUUAUCACCAUAAAGCAUCCCGUGCUCAAUAUCCAUGAGCAGAGGAGGAGCCCUUCUUGUUAUCUGAGCUUCUCAUCGAAAUUAUCUGAUAUUGUGCUUCUACCAGUGGAACGCUUACAAAAUAUGCUUGAGAUAGUUGAAUCUUUUAUGUUUGCUAUCCCUGCGGCACGAGCACCUUCACCACUUUGCUGGUGUAGUAAAGGAAAUUCCCCUGUUUUCCUUUCAGCGGUUCAGAGAGAUAAAUGGUCAGAUGCUUUUAGCCCUCUUCUGACACCCGUCAGACCAGCUAUUGUGCGUAGACAGGUGUAUUUUCCUGACAGACGUCUGAUACAGUUUGACUGUGGCAAGUUACAAAAGCUUGCUGUCUUGCUUAGGCGUUUGAAAUCAGAAGGGCAUAGAGCUUUAAUUUUUACUCAGAUGACAAAAAUGCUUGAUAUAUUGGAGGCAUUCAUUAAUCUCUAUGGUUACACAUAUUUGCGAUUAGAUGGGUCGACCCAACCAGAAGAGAGGCAAACGUUGAUGCAGCGGUUUAAUACAAAUCCAAAACUCUUUCUUUUCAUUUUAUCAACACGCAGUGGAGGUGUUGGUAUUAACUUGGUCGGUGCAGACACUGUUAUUUUUUAUGACAGUGACUGGAAUCCUGCUAUGGAUCAGCAAGCUCAAGACAGGUGCCACAGAAUAGGUCAGACUCGGGAGGUGCAUAUUUAUCGAUUAAUCAGUGAAAGAACAAUCGAAGAAAAUAUCCUAAAGAAAGCAAAUCAGAAACGUGCACUUGAUGAUUUGGUAAUACAGAGUGGUAGCUACAAUACAGAAUUCUUCAAAAAACUUGAUCCAUUGGAACUGUUUUCGGGCCAUCAAUCAGUUGAUGUUGAAAAUCUGGAGGAUCCAAUGGCUGCUGAAGGUUCGGGAGAAAGAUUGGGAGACUUAUCAAAUGCGGAUGUAGAAGCUGCUCUAAAGCAGGCUGAAGAUGAAGUAGAUUAUAUGGCGCUAAAAAAGGUUGAACUGGAGGAGGCUGUUGAAAAUCAAGAGUUCACUGAAGAGGCCAUUAGUAAACUAGAAGAUGAUGAACUUGUCAACGAAGAUGAUGUAAAAGCUGAUGAACUGCCUAUAAGCGUUAAUAUGGAUGAUGUGAAACCUGAUAAGAAAACCAGCGAACAGAACUUAUGGCUUUCUACAGUGACAAAUCUUGGUGAUGGUUCUGCUGGUGUGAAUCUCUCAGAAGAAAAUGUUCUGUUCUUGGGCCGGAGAGAAGAAGAUAUUGACAUGCUAGCUGAUGUCAAACAGUUGGCAGCGGCAGCAGCAGCAGCUGGACAAGCAAGUUCUUCGUUUGAGAAUCAACUUCGACCAAUUGACAGAUAUGCUAUGAGAUUCUUAGAUCUAUGGGAUCCUAUAAUAGAUAAAUCUGCAAUCGAGGCUCAAGAUAGUAUUGAGGGGGAAGAGUGGGAGCUUAACCGCAUUGAAAGGUUCAAGGAUGACCUCGAAGCAGAAAUAGAUGAAGAUGAGGAGCCUCUGUUAUAUGAAAGUAAGUACAUAUUUUCAGUAUUCUGUAUGCUUGGUGAUCUUUUUUCUCAUUAAGUUUUUUUUUUCUUGCCUUCAAAAUCUAGAGACAUGUCAAUUUUAGAUGCUUGAUAGUACUGUGAUCGCGGGGACCACGAACAAUAGAAAAGUUGAAGUCAUUAUAAUGACAAUUGAGAUACUGGGUAUGAACCUGGUCUCCAUUGUUAUGUCAAGAUCAGUCAUCAGACGGAAUAAUGGUGCCCUGGUGUAAUUCUUACAUUGCCUUCCCUAAACUUGGCUGAAAAAAAGUUGAUAGAAGAUAAAUAGUUGCCCAUUGUGAAAAUUUGUGCUUAAGCAACAUCUAUUUCCCUUUCUUUACUGAGAAUAUUUACACAUUAGAUACCUAAUGUAGUAGAUUAGCUGAAGCCUGCAACAGGACUUGUGAUUGAUACUUCCGUGUGUUCAGUUUCCAUAAUCGAUAGCUCUGUGCUGCUUCCCAUACAUGUCCUUUGCCGGUUUUAGUCAAGAAAUCUCAGGAGUAACGUAACUGCAGGAUGGGAUGCCGAUAUUGCUACUGAAGCAUACAGGCAGCAUGUUGAAGCUUUAGCUCAACAGCAGGUAUGCAUGAACUCAGGACAAGUUGAGCAAUUGUUAUGAGAAUCAACCUGUUUUCUUACCUUUAAUUAUUACCCAGAUGAUUGAAGAACUAGAGUGUGAGUCUGAGGAGGCAAAUGCCGUGGACGAUGGUAUUUCUGAACCUACCAGGUAAGGGAUUGAUAUUUACCAUUCAGUCUAGCAGUUUUCGUCCUUUUGACCUCACUAAUAUUUUCUUACUCUCUGAUGUGUCUUAGUUCGUUAUGGCCUAGGUGGACUAUUUCAACUUGAUUUUACAACGAAUAUUACUAUUUCGUUUUAUUCAGGAUGGUGAACUUGUUUUGCAUAAUAUUAUAUCCUUAUAAUUACAAGAUGCGUCCAUUGUGCCAUUUUUCUGAUGAUUUUGUCUCCCUUCGUGAUAUUAUUUCCCUCAUGGGAUUUUUCUUGGAAAAUGUUUCCACCCACCAAUAAGCGUCUCUUGAUUUCAUGUCUCCUGUGGGAAGAAAAGAGUGAAGUGAUAUUCAUGUUCAUCCUGCAUAAUAUCUAGGAAUCUGUGAUCAUUCUUGAGAAUAUGUGGGCAUUCUGACCGGUGAAGGUUUCUUCUAUUCGACGUGUUUUUCUCUGCACAGCGAACGUAAACCAAAGAUGAAGAAGAAAUCGAAGAAAACGAAGUUUAAGUCACUAAAGAAGGGAUCCCUGACGACCGAGUCGGAAGCAAUGGAAGAGGGGCAAGCGUCGGAUUUGGCUGUGGAGAAUGGAACUCCAGCCUCGCCUCAAUCACUCAACAAGAGAAAGCGUAAGGAGCCUUCAACUGCACUAGAAGAUGAAAAGCAUGCUAGAAAAGGUCUCAAGAAGCCCAGGAGAGCUUCUGAGAACGGCUCUGGUGCUGUCUACGAUAAGCAAGUUGCAGAGGCCCUGGAGGCGAGAUCUGGAGAUGAGGUGGUUGAAGAUCUCAGACCUUCGGUGAGGACUAAGAUCGGAGGCAAGGUAUCAAUUACAGUCAUGCCGGUCAAGAGAGUCAUGGUGGUCAAGCCUGAGAAACUAAAAAAGAGGGGAAAUAUAUGGUCAAAAGAUUGCAUACCAUCCCCAGAUGCUUGGUCAUCUCAGGAGGACGCUGUUCUCUGCGCUGUAGUGCACGAGUACAGUACGAAUUGGAGCUUGGUGAGUGACGCACUCUACAGUAUGCCAGCAGGUGGGCUUUACAGAGGCAUAUUUCGCCACCCUGUCCAUUGCUGUGAGAGAUUCAGAGAGCUUUUCUUCAAAUACGUCUCCUGCGGCGCAGACGGCUCCAACUCUGAAAGGAUUGCGUCUUCCAGUUUUGGAAAGGCUCUCCUGAAAGUAACUGAGGUAAGUUUCCAUUUCUGGGUCGCUUCUGAUGUUUUAUUUUUUAUUUUUUAUGAAGGUAGCUUCUUCUUCAUGGCUUAGUCUAGAGUCCUCUGCUUGCCCCUCGUUGUUUUUUGUAGUAUGUUAUCCUUAUGGCCAGAUACAUUUUAGUGAAUAGAAACAAAGAGAAAAUUAAUAUUUUUCAUUAUUACUGUGUGCCCAUCUAUUUUCAGAUUAUUAGGAAUUUAUUUUGCCUUGAAAGCCCUAUUUUCCUCGACCCGGUUGACUUUCAUGCGCGUUCAUAUGAGCUCUAUGGUGUUUGACAGGACCAAGUUGCCAUGCUGCUAAAUGUGGCAAGCGAGCAACCCGACAUGGAGUUCCUUCUGCAGAAACACUUCACCGCCAUACUUUCUCUGGUGUGGAGGGCGAGGUUUCGUGGCUACCGCUACCAGAGAGCGCCGUCUCUUCGAAAUGGGUUCUACUCCAACUCCUUGUUCUCCCUCGCAGCUGGAAACAGACCCAGAAGAUUUACAGAGAAGAUGAAUUCCUCAGCCUUGAGUCAGAGCAGCAGAUUGGUGGCAACGGUCCUGAACAACGCCGGUCAACGGUCAACUGUGGAAGAGGCCCCUCCGUGUCCCCCUCAGCAGGAAUCCCCGUCAAUGGUGGAGCAGCCUGACUUGAUUUUUGAGUUCUCAGAUGACCCUACCGAUUCCGCCGCCUGCUUUCCCUCUGUUAUCGUCCUGACCACCUGCCUCCACCCGUCGCCGCCGGAGCAGCUGGACCACCCGCCUCCUCAGGAUCAGAAUCCACACACCAGAUCAUCCGGCAGCGUAUCGGAGGACAGAUUCAGGUAUUCCUUGUUUGAUGGGUCGAUUUCUUCUUCCCUGAUUAUCUUCUCUCUCUCUCUCUCUCUCUCUCUCUCUCUCUCUCUCUUCCUUUUUUCGGGUGAUCUGCAGGAACUUUUAUAGAAAAGAAAGCUUCUGAAAGCCCCCAUUUCGCCGCUCAACCGGCGGCUUUCCGGUCUUGCAGGCUGGCAUCAAGAUCUUGCCUCGAAGGUGAAGACCCUGGCUGGGCCACGUCAGCUUUCCCCGUGGGCCCCACCAGGCCACGUCCCAGCAAGCACCGACCCACCAAUGACUCUCUAAAGCCCCCCAAGUCCAAGAUCCCCAGGGCCGCUGCCGCUGAUCCUGGCGGAGAGCCGCCGGCAGUUGGCGGCAGCACCUACGAGCUUCAUCUACACGACUUCUUCACCAUUGAAGGUGGAUCGGACGGCCUCGAUCUUCAGCCAGAGACGGAACUGGAACUGCUCGGUGCUGCGACGCCCGACGAUGAGCUGCUUACCCAUGACUACGAUCCGAGCUUCAUUGCUGGCCUCGAGGACCUUGAGCUGCCUCUGGAGGUGACAGAGAUUGGGUGA